CAGUCCAACAGCAGGCUUCCUCAUCCACUUCUCUUGCCUUCUCCUCCUUGGUGAAGAAGGUGCACCUCCCCCCCGCAGCCAUGUCCUGCUACGACCUGUGCCGUCCCUGUGGCCCAACCCCGCUUGCCAACAGCUGCAACGAGCCCUGUGUCAGGCAGUGCCAGGACUCCCGGGUGGUGAUCCAGCCCUCUCCCGUGGUGGUGACCCUGCCCGGACCCAUCCUCAGCUCCUUCCCCCAGAACACCGCUGUGGGAUCCACCACCUCCGCUGCUGUUGGCAGCAUCCUGAGUGAGGAGGGAGUGCCCAUCAACUCCGGGGGCUUUAACCUCUCUGGCCUUGGUGGCCGCUACUGUGGCAGAAGGUGCCUGCCCUGCUAAAGCCGGGCUGGGCGUCCAGUGAGUGCAUCGACCAGGAAGCCCAAAGCCGGGUGCCGGACCGAGGAUGGAGCUGCUGGCCAGGGUUUCCAGGGGGCUUGAGCACCCUCGUGCCCUCCCGCAAAGGAGGGAGGGAAGUCACUGCUGUCUGGGCACGUUGCCAACAUAAGUCUUGUUCUUGAAAUUCCUGCUUUUGUUGAGUUGCGUUUUUGAUUUUGAGUUUUCUAUUGACUUGGUAUAAUGGUGUACUUUUAAGUGAUCAGUGGAUGGGUUUUAUUCACGAAUUAAGGAAAAGCAGAAUCUUGCUUGCUGUAUUUCAGUUGGAAAGGUUUAAAUGGCUUCAUUCCAUUAUAUAAAUAUAUAUAUUCCUUUUGUUUUGCAGAAUAGUACUUGACUUUUUAUCAUUAAACUGAGCUUGCAUCU